AUUAUUUUUAUAAUUUUCUCGUCAAAGAUUUUAAUACAUACAUUUACAUAUUAAUUUUUCACUCUAAAAUAACCUACACAAUUAAGUUUUCUUUUCUAUUUAUGAAAAAUCAUGUUAAACAAAAGGAAGAAGAAGAGCGAACUAAGAAUUAACUAACUAAACGGUAACAAAUGAAUCAAUUUACAAGAGCAUCACGUACUCUCAAAAAUUUUAUGUUGCAUGGUAGUAAAAACAUUAUAUUUAAAUUGAUGCCCACAUAAAUUUUUUAAAAAUUAAAAUGUGGUCCCCAAUAUUUUGUUUAAUUGUAACGUGGCACCAUAUUCACGAGACACACACCAGUCUUUUUUUCUCUUCUUCUCAACGGUUCCGGACUCUUUUGCAAAAAGACAAAAAAGCUAAUCCAUGAGCGCGCUUACCUAUACAAAUUACAAACCAAGCACACACAUAUAUAUUGUGUUUCAAUUUUUAUUUUUCUUUUCAAAAAAAGUUUACAUUUUCGAAAAACUUUUCACUCACGCCCUCACUAUAUAAAUAUUUAUCAUCUAUCGAAUCCUCUGGCCCCGGGAUCUGAUUCCUUCUUCCACGGCCGACGAUGGAAUCUUCUCCGGUGACUAAGUCGGACUCGGAGCAUCUGCGUUCCUCUUCGUCACUUGGAAUCGGCCGAGAUUUAGUCGAUUUCGAUGACCGCCAAGAUAAACCGUUACUUGAUCGUGUUGUGAGUGAGCCCGUAGCCACAGGGAAUUUCAACCACCAAAGGCGCCGCCGUGUCGGUGCAAGGCCUGCCGCCUUGGAUCGGCCGCGAAGGCAACAGUCGUUAAGCCGUGAUAUUGGACACGCUGCUAAAGAGACGUAUUUGAUCACUGGACUUAGCUUCAAGCUCCUUCGAUAUCUCGGGGUAGGCUAUCGGUGGAUCACAAGAUUACUCGGACUUGGUUUUUAUGCUCUGUUACUUAUGCCUGGUUUUCUUCAAGUCGCAUAUCAUUACUUCUUCUCAAGCCACGUCCGGAGAAGUAUUGUGUAUGGCGAUCAACCGAGAAAUAGGUUGGAUUUAUAUUUACCAGCAAAUAGUACUGAUGAACCAAAGCCAGUUGUGAUAUUUGUAACUGGUGGAGCUUGGAUUAUUGGGUACAAAGCAUGGGGUUCUCUUUUAGGACUGCAGUUAGCAGAAAGAGAUAUCAUAGUGGCAUGCAUUGAUUACAGAAAUUUUCCCCAAGGUACGAUCAGUGAUAUGGUAAAAGAUGUUUGUCAGGGGAUUUCAUUUGUUUAUAACAACAUAGCAUACUAUGGUGGUGACACUGACAGAAUUUAUCUAAUGGGUCAAUCAGCUGGUGCACAUAUUGCUGGAUGUGCUCUCUUGGAGUUGGCAAUUCAAGAAUCAGUGAAAGGAGAGAAUGCUUCCGUAAAAGUUUCUGACUUGAAAGCUUAUUUUAGUUUAUCUGGAGGGUAUAAUUUACCUAAUUUAGUUGAUCACUUCCAUAAACGAGGACUCUAUCGGUCUAUUUUCUUGAGCGUUAUGGAAGGUGAAGAAUCCUUGAAACAAUAUUCUCCUGAAGUUAGAAUACUGGACCCAAGUAUUAAAAAUGCAAUUUCGCUAUUGCCUCCUAUUAUCCUUUACCAUGGAACUGCAGAUCUUUCUGUUCCUUCUGAUGCCAGUCAAACCUUUUGUAAUACUCUUCAAAAAGUUGGAGCUCAAGCUGAGCUUAUACUGUAUGAAGGAAAGACUCAUACCGAUUUGUUUCUUCAGGACCCUUUGAGAGGUGGUAAAGAUGAGUUGUUUGAUCACAUAGUUUCUGUGAUACAUGCUGAUGAUAGGGAAGCUCUUGCCAAAGACGCUGCAGCGCCUCCAAGAAGACGCCUUGUUCCUGAGUUUUUGUUGAAGUUGGCUCGGAGGAUCAGCCCUUUUUAGACCUGAUAUUGUUGGGCAUAUUAUAAUCAUUUAUAUGUAUUUGUUACAAAAUCAUAAGUUAAUAUAAUUUAUUUGUUUUAAAAUCACAA